AUGGACAAAGGUGAUUUCGCCUCCGGUUCCAGCUCUGGUUCAGGGAAGAAGAAGAAACUAGAUUCAGAGGACCCUGUAAAAGAUCCUAUGGACGAUUCUGAUGACGAUGUUGAGGAUGAUUUUGAGGACGAUUUUGAGGACGAUGCUGAGGAAGAUUUCGAGGACGACGAUGUUGAAGAAUAUUCUGAGGAAGAUGAGGAGAUGAUGGAGAAUACUGUUACUGAGAAAGAUGCUCACAACGCUAUGGCCAAGUGGUUCGUUUGUGCCGGGAUCAAUCCUAACACCAUUGAGAUCCCGUCCUUUGGAAAGUUUAUGAAUCUUCUGAAUCCGAAUCUGGCUCUAAGUGUUCCUUCAUUGGUAGAUGGAGUUCUUGAGAUACACGAAGAACGUAAAGACAAGGCCAAGAAAUUUCUCAAGGACUUUGAAGGGAGACUAACACUCUCUUAUGACUGGUUGCUUCUUGGCAGCGACUGGACCAGAGACCACAUCAAAGGCCCGAUCUUGCACGAGGAUUUCGUCUGUAUGUCUGCUCAUCUCAUUGACGAUAACUGGAAAGUCAGGAAACUGAUCUUGGCGUACACUACUGAUGUGAAUACAGCUCCGGAAGAUAUCAACUUUUACCAUUUUAGAACCGCUCUUCAAGAUUUCGAGAUUGAGAGCAAGGUCUCUACUAUACUACUGCCUAUCAAUGAGGAUUUUGACGAGAAGACGAUUGAUGCUAUCAAGAAGUGUGUAGAAGAGAAAGGGAACAGUUCGGUUAACGCUCCGGUUUUCCAACUAUAUUGCUGUGCUGAUCUUUUUCGGAUAAUGGUUGAUAACAUGGAUAGUGAGUUUAGGUGGGGGUUGUAUGAGGAUCUUCGUAUGCUCGUUGGAUGGGGAAGAUGUUCAUCUACCAACUGGAACGUCAAGCUGCAUCAUUACCAACAAGCUGUUGAUAUGAUGAACGAGGAUGCGUUCUCAAAGGACGAGAUUUACGACGAUUAUGACAAGCCGUCUGAUGAAGAGUGGAUACAGCUUGAGACUUUCUGCAAACUCGUUGGAUGCAUUUAUAAAGUGGCGAAGGAGCUUUUCGAAGAAGGGUAUGCGACGAGUAAUGUCUACUUCCACCUUCUUGCUGAGCUUGAGGGAAUGUUUAACAGAGAGCUCGAUGGUGCUGAUAAUGAUCACUUGCGCGGCAAAGCUAAGAGGAUGCUGAAGAUGUUUGAUAAGUAUUGGAAGGAUAUGUUUCUGGUUUUGGCGACCGCUUGUGUGUUGGACCCUCGUUUCAAGAUGAAGUACAUUGAGUUUUACUGCUCAAAGAAGGUGGGGAAUGGGAAAGGUUUUAAAGCUGAGACUGUUUUGGACUAUUUGCGUAAUCUGUACGCUCGCUAUGCAGCUAGCGAGAUCUGUCAGAAACCAAUAUGUCCGGUCAACACAAUUGACUCCGAUCAAGAAGUAGAAGAUGAUGAUGAUGAAGGAGAAGAUGAAGAUUAUGGUGAUGAAGAGAGAGAAGCACGAAAGGAGAAGGAGAAGAAGAAGAAGCCCGAUGCAUACGAGGGUUUUGUUAUGUUUCAGGAAUUUCUCAAGUUUGAAGGAUCGUCAAGGGAGUUUCAAGAUUCAGAGAUUGAUUCGUAUCUCAAGGAACCGGUUUUGGAGUGGAACAAAGACUUCAAAAUUUUGGAAUGGUGGAAAGAAGAGAGCCAGAAGUAUCCAAUCCUCUCCAGAGUAGCACGUGACAUUCUCUCCAUACCGAUCUCACGUCCCACUUCGUACGAUGCUUAUGUUUCGGACAGAAGAGAGCCUCCUGAGUUUGUUCUUUCCAUGGAACCAAACGUUGCUAAUGCCAUGAUGUGCGGCCGAAGCUGGAAAGGACUUAAAUGA